AUGCCUGCCAGCUUGGCAGUCUCACCAGCAGCCGCGCAAGGGGCGCUCCAUGCUCAAGACGCAGCAACAGCAGCAGCAACAACAACAACACAAGCAGGUGCCGCAGGGGCAACUUCUUAUACCCCAGACAAGCAGCAGCCCCCAAACGAACACAGGGUAAUAAGCAAUAACAGUACCAGCACCAGGAUCAGUGGCGGAGAGGGGGUAUGUGGCAGCGGUGGUGGCGGUGGUGGGGUGCGCCGCAAGCGCCAGGGGAGCGGCGGCGGUGGCCGCCGGGCUGGCGGCAGCGAUAACGGUGACCACCGUGGAAGCGGCAGCUGCGUCUACGAGCAGCCGUCGCAAGGCAGCACCGGUGCCGUAGAAGGCCUGGCUGGUGCGAGCAGUACCAGUAGCAGUAGCACAACUGUUAGCAACGGCACCGGUAGUAGCAGUGACCGCAGAUCGGAAAGUGCGCCGGGCAAGGCAAAGUCCAAGAAGUCAAAGUCGCCAACUAGCGUCGGAAAUGUCGACGUUGGGGCCGCUAACCCCACUGCCGCCGUCACGGCAUUUGGAGAGGCACCCGCCCAGCUCCUAGCCGCCGCUGGCGACGUGGACAGCGACCGCAUUGAGGGCGGCCGUGACGACAGCGAGCUCCCGGGGGCUAUCGGAGGUGGCAUGGGCACACCUAGCGAAGGCGGAGGUGGCGGUGGCGGUGCCAUCAUGGCCCAGCGCGCCGUCAGGGGCGGUGGCGGGAAGGUGGCGCCAGGCGGCGGCGGGCGGCCCCCGGGUGCCUCGGCCCACAAGGCUGGCGCUGGUGGGGGCGGCAAAUCGCUGCCGGACCGCAUCCGGGCUUGCAGGUCGGUGGAGGAGCUCUUGGCGCUGUACGACACCGCGCAGCGCGAGGCAUCAGCGGCGGCUCGUCGCAACGCCAGUGAAGCAGGUGCAGCGGCGGCGGCAGCUGGUCUGGCGGCGGGCGCCGCCGCCGGUCUCCCCGCCGCCACCGUCUGGAUGUUCCUGGCGGCCGCGGGGGAGCUGGUGGCGGGCUGGCGGGCACGGAUCCCAGCGGGGUAUCGUACGGCAAGGUUGCGAGAGGCCCGGGAGAUGCGCGCGCAGCUGUCCCGGUUGCUGUCCGAGUCGUGUGCAGUGGUGCUGUGGGCGGAGCGGCUGGGGCCCCCCAAGGUGUGUCUGCUGCUGUCGCUGAUGGUGGUGGCGGGGGGGCGGCACCGGGGGGCGGAGCAACACCUCGGGCUGCUGGCGGAAGACAGUCUCAACAGCUUGGAGCAGUACAGCAGCGGGGAGGUGGCUCUGGCCGCCUCCUCAUUCGCCCGCUUGCGGUACUACCCGGGGAAGGGCUGGCUGGACACCCUGGUAGAGGCCACCAGCGGGAACCAGCUCGCCCGCUGGCGCCCCAUAGACCUGGGCUUCCUCAUCUGGGCCCUGGCCAAGUGGAAGGCAAAGUACGGCACCAGGGGGCCCGUGGGGGUUCCGGCAGCCUGGCUCGAAGAGUACUACCAGGCGUUUGAGGGCUGCGGCGAGCGGGUUACGGAGCGCGAGCUGGCCAUGGUAUGCUGGGCUGUCGGUGUUCUGGCGGUGGAGGGCGGGCCCCGGCCCCCCGGCAGCUUCACGAACCGCCUCAUGAUGGAGGUCCAGGUCCGCCUCCCCUCCCUGGGCAACCAGGGGUUGGCGCACGUGGCCUGGGGGCUGUGCUGCUGCGACGUGAAGCCGCCUAAGUUCUGGCUGAGGGACUUCACAGGGGCAGCCAAGGCCGCCAUGCCGUACGCCGGUAACGGUCUUUCCUUCUCCAACCUCCUGUGGGCUCUGGCGAUGUGGCAGGGGGAGCUCCACCCGGGGGAGCAGCUGCUGGCGGAGGCGUGCAAACAUUCUGCUCGGUGGCUCCACACGCUGGACUUCCGGGGCCUUGCCGUACUGCUGCUGGCACUGUCCGACCUGGGACACACUCCCCCCCUGGAGUGGACUGCCAACUCUCUACGCAGCCACUCCGCAGCCCCUCCAUCCGGGGAUGGCGCUGCAGUGAAAACACCACGAAGGGCUCUCAGGUCCCGCUAG